AUGGAAAAGCUAUCGUGUGAAAAAAAAAAAACUGAGGAAGAAGAAAUAAAAAAAUUAACGAUAUUAAAAAUAUCUUCCAUGAUUAGAAAUGGAGAUAUAUCAAAUUGCAAAGAACUAAUUUUGAAAAACAGAAAUAUUGAAGAAUGUGAAGAAUUAUAUCAAAUGAAAAAUUUACAGAAAAUUGAUUUGAGUGAAAAUAAAUUAAAAGACUUGUCAAUGGUUGAAAUGAAUUUAAAUUUACAUCAAAUUAUAUUACAGAACAAUUUAAUAGAUAACAUAAAUUACUUAAAUAAUAUAAGUAACUUAACAUAUUUAAAUUUGUCUAACAAUAAAAUUAAAAUUAUGGAUGGAGUAUGUGAACUAAUAAAUUUAAAAACAUUAAUAUUAGCAUAUAAUGAAAUAGAAAAAGUUCCCAAUUUGGCAAAACUCAAAAAUUUGGAGACAUUAAUUUUAAAGAACAAUCUUAUUGAAACUUUUGCAAAACCGUCAAAACAGAUGAUUCACUUGAAAAAAAUUUCACUUUCUUUUAAUAAAAUUAGACAAUUUUGUUUUGGUUUUCAUUUUGCAAAUGUACAAGAGUUACGAUUAAAUAAUAAUAAAUUAACACAUGUUCAAGAGGAUAUAAUAUAUAUGACUUCAUUAAAACAAUUAUAUAUUCAAAAUAAUUUUAUUAUGAACACAGAAGUUCUCAAUCAUUUAUGUGAAUUAAAUUAUUUAAAAAAUAUUGUCAUUUCGGAUAACCCCUUUUUUAAAAAAAUGAACAUUGGACUGUUAAAUAAUUUUUUACAAAAGUGUAAAAAAAGUUUAACCACGAUUAAUUCUGUAAUAAUUCCGCAAAAUAAAAAAUUCAACAAUUUCUGCUUCAACAAUUCAGAUGAUGUAGCUUCCAUGCAGGGUUAUCAUAGCAAUAAUUGCAACAUGACAGAAGUAGAAGGGUCUACAAAAAUGCAUGCAAACAGGGGGAAUGUUCAUGUGAUGAGAAAUAACUUGCAUAUUCGCAAGGGGAACUUGGAGAAAAAAAAAAAGAAAGAAAAGUAA